CAUGAAGUAAGGGAGAAACAGUAUAAAUACUGCAGGACAGCCGUGGAGAGGGUACCUUCUGCUCACCUGGACACAGGAGGGCUCCGAGAGCUGUCAGGAAACCACCUCCAGGAACUCCCAGCACCCCGAAUCCAUCUGAGAACAUGCUGCCACAAACAGCCCUUUUGCUGCUAAUGUCCUUGAACCUGGUUCAUGGAGAAUUUUAUGCUGAGCGAUACCAAACACCUACGGGCAUAAAAGGCCCACCACCACCCAACACCAAGACACAGUUCUUCAUUCCCUAUGCCAUAAAGAGUAAAGGUGUAUCAGUAAGAGGAGAGCAAGGUAUUCCUGGUCCACAAGGCCCCGCUGGACCUCGAGGGCACCCAGGGCCAUCAGGACCACCAGGAAAACCAGGCCACGGAAGUCCUGGACCCCAAGGAGAGCCGGGGUUGCCUGGCCCACCGGGACCAUCGGCCACUGGGAAGCCAGGUUUGCCAGGACUGCCAGGAAAACCAGGGUCAAAAGGACCAUCUGGACCAAAAGGAGAUAUUGGACCAGCUGGUUUACCGGGACCACGGGGCCCACCAGGGCCACCCGGAAGCCCCGGCCCAGCUGGAAUUACUAUUCCAGGAAAACCUGGACAACAGGGACCUAUGGGAGCCCCAGGACCCAGGGGCUUUCCAGGAGAAAAGGGGGCACCAGGAGUCCCUGGUGUGCAUGGACAGAAAGGGGAAACAGGAUAUGGCGCUCCUGGACGCCCAGGUGAGAGAGGCCCUCCUGGCCCUCAGGGUCCCCUGGGACCCCCGGGCCCACCUGGAGUGGGAAAAAGAGGUGAAACUGGCUUUCCAGGACAGCCAGGCAUCAAAGGUGAUCGGGGCUUUCCAGGAGAGAGGGGAGCAGCUGGCCCACCAGGCCCCCAAGGUCCUCCCGGGGAACGAGGACCAGAAGGCACUGGGAAGCCAGGAGCCCCAGGAGCCCCAGGCCAGCCAGGGAUUCCUGGGACAAAAGGUCACCCUGGCGCUCCCGGAAUAGCUGGGUCCCCAGGGGCUCCUGGCUUCGGGAAACCGGGGUUGCCAGGCCUAAAGGGACAAAGAGGACCCAUUGGCCUUCCAGGAAGUCCAGGUGCUAAAGGGGAACAAGGCCCGGCAGGUCAUCCCGGGGAACCAGGUCUGACUGGACCUCCCGGAAAUAUGGGACCCCAAGGACCAAAAGGCAUCCCAGGCAACCAAGGGAUUCCAGGCCCUAAAGGUGAGAUGGGGCCAGUGGGGCCUGCAGGACACCCUGGGGCAAAGGGAGAAAGGGGUUCCUCUGGGUUAGAUGGAAAACCGGGGUACCCCGGAGAACCAGGCAGCAGUGGUCCUAAGGGAAACUCAGGGUUACCGGGCCCUAAAGGUGAUGCUGGACUCAGAGGGUCUCCUGGUCUUCCAGGCCCCGUGGGCCCGGCAGGCGCUAAGGGAACGCCUGGACACAAUGGUGAGACUGGUCCAAGAGGUGCUCCUGGAAUCCCAGGAACCAGAGGCCCCAUUGGGCCGCCAGGCAUUCCCGGAUUCCCUGGAUCUAAAGGGGAUCCAGGAAUUCCAGGUCCCCCUGGCCCAGCUGGCGUGGCAACUAAGGGGCUUAAUGGUCCCACUGGGCCACCAGGGCCUCCGGGUCCGAGAGGCCACGCUGGAGAGCCUGGCCUCCCAGGUCCCCCAGGCCCCCCGGGCCCCCCGGGCCAAGCGGCCUCGUCUGAGGGCUUCAUAAAGGCAGGCCAACAGCCUUUCGUUAGCGCCCACCAGGGAGUAACAGGAAUGCCGAUGUCUGCGUUCACUGUCAUCCUCUCCAAAGCUUACCCGGCCGUGGGUAUUCCCAUCCCAUUUGAUAAGAUCUUGUAUAACAAGCAACAGCAUUAUGACCCAAGAACUGGAAUCUUCACCUGCCAGAUCCCAGGAACAUACUAUUUCUCCUACCACGUGCAUGUGAAAAGCACCCACGUUUGGGUGGGCCUCUAUAAGAACGGCACCCCUGUGAUGUACACCUACGACGAAUACACCAAGGGCUACCUGGAUCAGGCUUCGGGGAGCGCCGUGCUCGAGCUCACGGAGAACGACCAGGUGUGGCUCCAGCUGCCCAACACGGGAUCGAACGGGCUGUACUCCUCCCAGUACGUCCACUCCUCUUUCUCAGGGUUCCUGGUGGCACCAAUGUGAGCGUAUUCCCAACCGAGCUCACGUAAAUCUGCUUGACGAGGCAUUCCCCAAUUCCGCUGCGCCCCACAAAAUGCAUAUGGACGUAGGCCAAAAAGUGACCCGUUUUAACUUUCCAAAUACAGAUGUGAGCUUUCAGACCAACCCAUUCUCCUGCUGGAAAAGCGGGCAGCAAUGGUAAAGAAUAUGUGAAGACCCUCUUGAAUUUCUAGUCAGUGGUCCCAAGACUAUAAAGUUUUCUGUGAACUCCUUCAGUAUUUAAACAUUUCAACCUCAAAGUCCUAGUAGGGUAAAAAAAAAAAAAAGUAAAAUGAUCACCAAGGAACCCUAAAAUGUGAC